GUGGUGCCACAGGGUCACUUUACCUCACUAACUGCAUCAGAUAAGGGAGUAGGAGGGAAAGACUUUUCUCUGUUAUAAAAGAUGAUGUCCAAGUGACUGAUAUCACCUCUGGACUUAAUCAUGUGGAGGUUGUAUCUCUGUCUCCUGGUUGCCCUGGCUGCCAGCGAGACUGUCAAUUAUGAGCCUUUCUUGAACUCUAAAAAAACAUACGAGUAUAAAUAUGAGGGACUGGUACGAGUGGGACGGGAACUGCCAGGCCUGGUUGAGUCAGCGCUGAAGCUGAGGUGCACUUUUAAAAUCAUCGGUGAAUCGCCACAAACCUUUGUCCUUCAGAUCUCAAAUGUAGACUUUGAAGACUUUAAUGGCACACCUGGGAAAAGUGUCUUUAGCCCUUCCCAAAAGCUCACUAAGCGUCUGUCUGCCGAGUUCAGCCAGCCAAUCGUUUUUGAAUUCUCCAAAGGACAAAUUACUGACAUUCGGACAGCACCUGGGGUCUCAAACUCAGUUGUAAAUAUUGUGAGAGGGAUCCUUGGAUUUCUACAAGUCACAGUCAAAACCACACAAAGUUUUUACGAACUGGUGGAGUUGGGAAUUCAUGGUGUAUGUCAGAGUAGUUAUACUGUUGAAGAAGACUCCAACGCCAAAGAGUUGAUAGUGACCCAAAUGGUUGAUAUCACCAACUGUCAACAACCAGCUGCUUUGUACAGCGGUAUGGCUCUCGCCCCUGAAGACAAACUUAGCAAACAGAGGGGUGAGAAUGUUGUUUCCACAGUGAAACACACCUACACAGUGAAGUCCACGGCAGAUGGCGGUCUGAUCACUAAAGCAUUUGCUCAGGAGCGCCAAUAUUUCUCUCCAUUCAAUGUAAAGGGAGGAAACUCUCGAAUGUUGGCAUUACGGGACAUUGAGCUUCUCAAAGUUUCAGACACAGCGGACAAAAUAGUGACCGGACAGGUGCAAAGUAGAGGCAACCUAAUGUACAAGACAGAGAAGGACCUCAAACCAAUUCCUGUUGUGAUGAUCAACCUGAACAAUCCAGCACCAAAGAUUUUAGAUUUAAUUAAGCGCUUGGCUCAGGCUAACAUAUAUCACGUGGACAGCGCAAGCAGCACAGAUAUUCUGGAUCUAAUUCAGUUGCUACGUGUGGAAACGCUUGAAAAUCUAGAGCAGUUAUGGAAGCAGGUCUCAGGAAAUGAUGAGCACAGGAGGUGGUUCCUGGACUUGGUUGUGGAGGUAACAGAUGAGAGGAUCCUCAAAUUCCUUGAGACCAGAUUCAAAGUAGGAGACAUUACAGCGAAUGAGGCAGGACAGGCACUUGUAGUGGCAUUUAACCACUUGUCUGCUGAGCCUGUGUCAGUGGCAUUAGCUCAGGAGUUCCUGACAAUUCCUUUCAGUAAAUCCCAACCUCUCCUGUGGAACACCGUAGUUUUGGCAUAUGGAUCACUUCUAUACAGAUACUGUGUGUAUACUGAUCCCUGCCCUGUCACUGUAGUGCAGCCAUUACUGGAUAUGGCUGCAAGUAGCCUAAGUAAAAACUCUGAGGAGGACAUGGUCCUUACACUAAAGGCCUUGGGAAAUGCAGCUCAUCCCUCCAGCACCAAGACUCUCCUAAAGUUCCUUCCAGGCUACUCAGCUGGAGCUGAAAAACUUCCAACCAGAGUACAGGGUGCUGCAGUCCAGGCAUUCAGACUGCUUGCAGGCAGGGACCCCCAUACUGUACAGGAUAUUGUCUUGAACCUCUUUGUACAGAAGAAUCUUCCUGCUGAAAUCCGCAUGCUGGCCUGCAUGGUGCUUCUCGAGACCAAGCCAUCCAUAGCUCUGAUCUCAGUAAUAACUGAGGUUCUCUUAGAGGAGAUUGACCUCCAGGUUGCCAGCUUCUCCUACUCUCUGCUCAAAGGCAUUGCCAAGUCCCACACCCCUGAUAAUCAACAUCUAUCUACUGCCUGUAAUAUUGCCAUGAAGAUUCUUACCCGCAAACUUGGCCACCUGAGUUAUCGCUACAGCAAGAGCAUGCAUUUUGACUGGUUCCAUGAUGACUUUUUAUUUGGGACAUCCACUGAUGUUUAUAUGCUGCAAAAUGAAAGUCUCGUACCCUCAAAACUUAUGCUAAAGGGGAAAAUUCAUUUCAUUGGCAGAAUAUUGCAAUUUCUAGAGCUUGGUGUCCACGCAGAUGGAAUAAAAGAGCUGUUUGCAGGAAAAAUCCCUCAACUCAAGAAAAAUUUAGGAGUCACAGAUUUUGCCACUAUAUUGAAAAUUCUUUCAGACUGGCAGAACCUACCGAAAGACAGACCUCUACUGACAGCAUAUGUACGCUUGUUUGGACAGGAAGCCUUUGUAAUGGAUGUAAGCGGAGAUUUCAUUCAGAGUAUCACAAAGUCACUUAGUCCUUCUGCAGGGAAGGAGAGUAAAGUUUGGGAAAAGAUUCAAGAUGUUCAAAAAGGGACUUCCUGGCACUGGACCAAGCCGCACCUUGUGUAUGAAGCUCGAUUCAUACAGCCAACUUGUCUGGGUCUCCCAGUUGAAAUCAGCAAAUAUUUUUCCAUAGUAAAUGCUGUUACUAUGAAAGCUAAAGCUGAAAUUAAUCCUCCUCCCAAGGAACAUCUGGAUGAACUGCUCAGAUCAGACAUUUCCCUGCAAACAGAUGGUUUUGCUGGAGUGACAAAGGAUCAUUUUGUCUUCCAUGGAAUCAACACAGAUCUUUUCCAGUGUGGUGUUGAGAUGAAGAGUAAAAUAGUAACUGGCCUGCCAUGGGCAUUUGGCUUGAAAAUAAACAUAAAAGAGCAAAAGUAUGAAAUGAACUUGACUCCGAGCAAAACAGGCACUGAGUUAUUUUCAGUCAAUUCUAAUGUGUUCACUGUUUUGAGAAACAUUGAAGAUCCAUCCUUAUCCAAAAUAACUCCCAUGAUGCCUGAGACAGAGGAUUCCCAGCAGGGUUUGCCACUGGCCAGAAGAAUUUUACCCACUUCAAGGGAUGAACAGACUGAGGACUCUGAGGUGAAAUUCAGGCAAUGUGCUGAGGCCAAGAUUUAUGGAACAGCGAUUUGCAUUGAGGCAGAAGCCAAACGAUCACAUGAAUACCUACAUGAAUAUCCUCUGUAUUAUUUCCUGGGACAUACCCGCUUUUCAUAUCAACUACAACCAGCAAAGAGUGCAAAACCCAUUGAAAAGAUUCAGAUUCAGGUCACUGCGGGCAUGAAACACCCUCCAGGAGUCAGUGAAAUGAUGGAUCUCAGUCACAGAGUCUUCAAGGACACAAGAGAUGAGAUCACCUCCUGUGGGGAACACAAUCUAUCCAGUUCCUUCCCUGCAAAUCAGGACCUUGAUUCUACUCCAGACCCUGUAGUCACAGUAAAAGCACUUGGUCUAAGUCCGCCAGCAAAACCACUGGGCUAUGAAGGUGUAGCCUUUUAUCUGCCAACAGCCCAAAGAGACAACAUUGAAAUGAUAGUCUCCGAAGUUGGUGAAGAAGCAAACUGGAAAAUGUGUGCCAAUGCAAAUGUAGAUAAGAGUUAUUCAUCAGCAAAGGCCCAUCUCAGAUGGGGAGCAGAGUGUCAGACAUAUGAUGUAUCUAUGAGAGUGUCCUCAGCGUGCCAGCCAGAGUCUAAAACUUCCAUAUACACCAAGAUUAAUUGGGGAGCUCUGCCCUCAAUGUUCACAACAAUUGGUCAAAGAAUUCAAGAGUACGUUCCUGGCAUGUCUUAUUUUAUGGGUUUCUGCCAGAAAUAUGAGAAAAAUCCAGAACGCCAGGCAGCUGUCACUGUUGUAGCAUCCUCACCAGAGACCCUUGACAUGAAAGUGAAAAUUCCAGAGCGAACUAUCUACAAAAAGGCAAUUCCCUCACCAAUCGAACUUGUAGGGUUUGAAGCUGUGAACCUCACCAUGUCAGCCUAACAGGCUGAUGUCAAAGAGCACCUCUGGAAGACCAAAACAACAACAUGGAAAAAAUGGACAUUUGAUUACUGACUGAUUUGGAUAUUCAAAUAUAUAUGCUAAAAUCAAUACUUUUAAAAUUAUGCACUAAUGAAUACAGUGUCCAUCAAGAGUUCAUCUGUGACAUUAAUUCAUUAUCUUCUGAUUGAUCAUUAUAUUCCAGCCUAGAGUGUGUUAUAUUUACCUGUAGAGCAUCAGCAACAUCUUCUUUAUGUUGGGAAUGUCAAAGGAUUGGCGACUGGCAAUAUCUGCAGAAUGAAUUAUACCAUAAAAGACAGUAUAGCUGGGAAUUUGUGGAUUGCUUCUAGGGACAUCUUGGCUGAAGGAUGAAGAGAACAGCUUGUAAUUUGGUCAAAGAUGGGAUUUAAAUCCUAUAAGACUUUAUGUGCUGUAUGUUGCAACUGUGUACAUGCAAAUGUAUAGUGACAGUGUCUUUGCUAGUUACAUUAAUACAUGCAAGUGUGUUAUUUAGCAGGCAACUGUUGAUAUUGUUGAUUGACGAUGUUAAUGCUAACAAAUUGUUGCUUAGACACUAUUACAAUUAAAGUGCAAUUAACAUGUUUGUGUAGUGCAAAAUCUAAGUUUUAAGAUUUACCAAUUUAAUCUUUUGUUAAGUUUUAAGUUUGUGUCAGCUUAAGUUCUACCAAACUCUUCUCUGAUAUGCACCAAUUAGCCACAACAUGAAAACCACUGACAGGUGAAGUGAAUAACAUUGAUAUUGGUAAAAUGGUACCUGUCAAGGGGUGGGAUAUAUUAGGUAAGUGGUUCUCCACUCCAGUCCUGGGGAUCACCAUUCUGCACAUUUUUGUCUCCCUAAGGGUUAAUUAAAGCAAUUCAAGACUACCUGAAUUGCAGUGGUGCUCACACCACACAACCAGGUUUCUUGCCAUCUAUCGUUGUCUUGUCAUAGCAUACAACACAACACAACACUGACGAGGUGCACAAACUACAAGACAUUUGGUCAAAAGCCAGUCCCAAACAACAAUGGGAAAAAAAAAAAAAACAUUUUCUCACAUACAUUAAAAGAAGUUAUUACAAAAUUUUUCCAUUUAUACCAUCUGCAUUGUGAUUGGCUAGAUUUGUUCCACCUUGACAUUGCACUGCACACAUUGUCCAUGCAUUCCAUUCGGAAGGGUUCAUCCCUAUGCCCUAAUCCCUUCAAAGGGUUUACCCGCUGGAGUGAGAGCUUUGAAGGGAUGAAGGUGUAGGCGUCAAAAAACUAUUUUUUGGAAGACACUUCUGUGUCAUUUUAACGAGACAAUCAAGGAGGCGCCUUCAUCACACAUUUUGUACGCUGGUUGACCACCCAAAAAACACGCUCUGAGCUAUGAGUAGAUUA